AGGUUCAGAUCCAUAUGAUGUAUGUUGUAUCUGCUUAGAGGACUAUGUGGAUCGUGAUAAAUUACGCCUAUUGCCUUGUCAACAUGCUUUUCAUAUGAAAUGUAUCGAUCCCUGGCUAUUAUGUAAUCGUCGAUGUUGUCCUAUAUGUAAUCAGCUAGUUGAAUUGCCAGGCGCACCUUCAGUAUCCGAUGAGACUGAAAUUAUCGAAAGUGGUAACAAUCAUUUCUUGCGACAAAUACCAAGUAGACUACUAAAUUUUUUUAGACGUAAUAAUCAUGAAUCAGUCAGUACUCGACGUCCUUCAGUAGACUCCGGUCAAUCUAAUGAACAUUAUCAAAUUGAUGAAGAGCAUACUCCUUUACUACAAACUGAUACCAUUCAACAUCAUCAUGUUUGUAGUGAUAAUGUUAUACACAAUUCUUUCCUAACAACAACAAGACGUCCUGAGAUUCAUUCUUCAUUACUAGUUGAUGAAGAUGAUGAAAUGUUACAGUCAGAUUUAGUUGAUCGAAACAAUCAUGUGGUCGAUCAAGUUCAAGUCCACCGGCUAUUGAAUCUUUAAAUAUUUGUCAUAAUUUAAACAAUGCUGAUUUCGGUUCAUCCUCUUCGACAACAACAACAACAACACCAUUCACGUCUGAUUUAAUUCAACAACAAUCAUCUACACAUUCAUCUAUGGAAUCAAAAAUAAAUGUACUUGAAUUACCUCCAGUGGCCACGGAUACAGCAGUGAAAUCAGAGAUGACUACGGCAGAUUCAGGCGAUGAUGUAUUAAUCACUGAUGUGAAUGUGAACACUGUAUAAAACGAUUAUAUAUUUAUAUACACAUACAGAUUAUUCACAUUACUUUCAAUAGAAUGUAGUCUAUAAAAUGUGAUGAUGAUUCCUCUUGAUGAUGAGAUUGUGAUUAUCACUAUCCGAAUGGAAUAACUACAUAUACAGUACAAGAUAUCUACAUAUAUUUAUAUUCAUCUACACAUGAUCAACACAUCAUAACUUUUGUUCAUUGACAUUUUGUGUUUAUAUUUCCAAGUGUUCUCAUAUCUAAAUAAAAAAACAACUUGUUCCCACAUCAUUCAUUAUCAAUCACAUCAUUUUUCUAACGAACUAACAAUUGCACACAAUUUCGAACAGAUUCAACAAACAUUGUAUGUGUGUGUGUGU